UAUAAUAUAAUAUACCUGCCUCCAAAGGAAAACACACAAAAAGAAGAAGAAUUAUCAGCAUCAUGGCCUUGGAGAACUGUUUAAGAUUAAGUACCACAGUAGGAACAGCAAGAAUUCAAUGUCUUUCUCCAUUGUCUUCAAGGAAGAAACUUGUUUUUUCAUCUUACAGAGGAUUUAACAAGUCCAUGCUACAUUCAACAGUAUCAAAUUCAAAUCCAUCUCUUUACUCAACUGCUGGUACCUCUAGAAAAUCCUCUUUUGUUUGCAAUGCUCGUGAAAAGGUAAAUGAAGUGCAAGUAGUGACAGACUCAAGCUGGAACAAACUUGUGAUAGGAAGUGAAACACCAGUGCUGGUUGAGUUUUGGGCACCAUGGUGUGGUCCAUGCAGGAUGAUAGCACCCAUCAUUGAUGAGCUGGCAAAAGAAUAUGCUGGCAAGAUAGCAUGCUACAAGAUUAACACCGAUGACUGUCCCAACAUAGCCACACAGUACGGCAUCAGAAGCAUUCCUACUGUUCUCUUCUUCAAGAAUGGAGAGAAGAAAGAGAGCGUCAUUGGUGCAGUCCCCAAGUCCACUUUGUCAGCAACACUUGAUAAAUAUGUUGACAUUUGAUUAUACACAAAAUCGACUAAAUUCAAUUUCGUCUUUUAUUUUA